CUCCGGAGUUGUCACUUGUCCGCUCUAAAACGGAGGGAACAAAAUAAAAUAAAAUAAAAACCGCCAUGGCACCGAGAACUUGAAUCCCAUUUAAAACAAGAAGAUUUUCAUUUUUCUCCCUCCAAAUUAUAAUGCAUUCAAGGCUUGGGUUUAUCUUAGCAUCAUGCUCCAAAAGAAGAAUUAGGCUUAAUACUUCUUCAUCAACACCAUCAUUUCCACUCUUCUCUACUCUCUCAUUAUCCUUGCCGUUAGUAUUACCGCCGGCGGCUGCUGGGGAGCGGUUAAUUAGAAGAGUUUUAAGUAUUUCUCUGUCCAAUUUAUUGUGCAAUUCGGCCACUCUUGCCAGUGGGUCCCUAGGCCGGAGCUAUUCUAGUUACGCCGUUGAACAGUUCUCUGAUGACGAGUACGAAUGCGAUUACGACAACCAGCCGGCAUCUUCGUCAGUGGCCAACAUUGAUGAAUGGAAGUGGAAACUUAGUAUGCUGUUGAGGAAUGAAAAGGAUCAAGAAAUUGUGUCCAGAGAUAAAAGGGACAGGAGAGACUUUGAGCAAAUAUCGAAUUUGGCUAAACGCGUGGGACUUUACUGCGAAAUAUAUGGCAAAGUUGUAGUUGCAAGCAAGGUGCCUCUCCCUAACUACAGGCCAGAUCUAGAUGAUAAGCGACCUCAGAGGGAGGUCGUUAUCCCAUUGAGUUUACAGAGGAGAGUUGAGGGUCUGCUUCAGGAACAUUUGGACCGAUUGCAGCUAAGUUGUGUUAAAAGCGAUGAAGCUUCAGGCGAAAGAAAAUCCAUGGAUCAGGUUGAAGAUGUGAAUAAUGAAGAAAAUCCUGACUCCCUCCUUGAUGGAUCUGUCAUGGAGAAGGUUCUCCAGAGACGGAGCUUGCGGAUGCGUAACAUGCAGAGGGCUUGGCAGGAAUCACAUGAAGGAAGAAAGAUGCUGGAUUUUCGGAAAUCUCUCCCUGCAUUCAGGGAGAAGGAAAGGCUGCUUCAAUCUAUUGCAAAUAAUCAGGUGGUUGUGAUAUCUGGGGAGACUGGGUGUGGUAAGACCACCCAACUUCCUCAGUACAUAUUAGAGUCAGAAAUAGAAUCUGGUCGUGGAGCAUUUUGUAGCAUAAUUUGCACACAGCCACGUAGAAUAUCUGCUAUGGCUGUUGCAGAAAGAGUAUCUACAGAAAGAGGAGAGCCUCUUGGUGAAUCAGUAGGCCUUCUAUUGCUCUUUUGCUUUAACUUUUCUUAUGAUUGA